AUGAGCGAAGCUGUGAAAGACGAUACCGCUACUCCUGCGCCGAUCAAUCAGGAGAAUCCUUCCGCGGAAGAAGUGAACGAUACACCAUCUCAAGACGAUUCUCCGAAUGAGGUCCCUGUGACAGAUAACACGAACGGUACUGCGAGCCUGCCUUCUAUCAAGGUGGCAUCGCAUGACCCCGAAACGAAUGGAACGACCACAUCGAGUCCCUCAAGUCCGGCACGCAGCCGCGCUCUUAGCUCAGCUCCUGUUGUGAACCUAUCGGCGACAGUCUCUUUCAUCAAAUCGUCCUUCGAGAAGCUGGCUCAGAUUAAGGAAAUUAGCAAAAAGCAUAAGCCAUUGGUGGAUCUUCUCAACAAGCAAAUUGCAAUUCUCAAUACUGGCGAGUUGCCCAGUGAACAGGAAAUUUUUGAGGUGCUGAAAAACUCAUGCGAAGUCCCCAGUGCUGAAGCUAAGAUAGUCGCUCUUGACUGUCUCAGCAAGAUUUUUACAUUCAGUGUUUUCCACGAGCCAUUGACUAUAAGUUACAAGAAAACGAAGCCUGACAUCCACACUGAUGCUGAUAUGGAAACUAAUACAGAAACAGAGGUUGGCCGUAUUCAUGCAAUUCCUCUCAUUGAGGCGGUUGUCCAAGUGAUAAGCUCGUGCUUUGAGGGAGAGGGCACAGACGAGAGGGUCGAGCUUCAAGUAAUACGCGUGCUGACAGGCGCAAUCCUCAACGAUACUUUGCCACUUCAUGGAAGAGCCUUAUUGCAGGCUGUGAGACAAGUGUACAAUAUUUUCCUGCUUUCGCUGUCUCCUGUCAACCAAGGCAUUGCGCAGGCAACUCUCACUCAGGUCGUCAAUGUCGUUUUCGAGAAAGUUUCAAGCACGAGAAAGAAAGGACGCUCUGAUGUUGAUGUUAGCGAUCAGGCGGAGGACAUUGCAGCCACUUCGACGCCAGCUACUUCCAGCACAGCGGCUGCGGCGCAGACCAAAAUGACGCUGCGCGAAAUGGAACAGAACGUUCAAAACGAUGACGUCCAGAUAAGCUCUGACGAGUUUUCUGGCAACGAAGAAGAGCUGGUGGUCAGGGACGCUUUCCUUAUUUUGAGAUCUAUGUGCAACUUGUCAGUCAAGGUGAUGGAAAAUGAAUCGAUUGACAUGCGCUCCCAUGCAAUCAGAUCGAAGCUUCUAUCAUUGCAUAUCAUACACUGGGUACUCAAAAAUCACAUUGAAAGCUUUCUAGAUAAAGACUGCAUGAUUAUCAACAGGGCCACAAAUGAGAAAACUCGUUUGGUUGACGCCAUCAGAAAGUAUCUUUGUCUAGUGCUAGCUAGAAAUGCCGCUUCUCAACUAGCUCCAGUCUACGAGGUGUGUCUCGAGAUAUUUUGGAUUAUGGUGGAUAAAAUGAGAGAACAAUUUAAGUCGGAAAUUCCCGUGUUUCUGGACGAGAUUUACUUCCCUGUAAGCGAAAUGAAGACAUCCACGGCGCACCAAAAGAGAUAUCUCCUUUCCAUUAUUCACCGGAUCUGCAAAGCGCCUAAGAUUUUGAUCGAACUCUAUCUGAAUUAUGACUGUGACCCUUCUAUGCCAAACUUGUGUGAGACCAUCAUGGAUUAUUUGGCAAAGUUUGCGCUAAUGCGGGUAGACGCAACCCCAACCCAGAAAGUGAGUUACAGAGAGAGUUUGACUAGGAAUCUUGCCACAUACAAUCUUUCCGAUGUUCCGCAACUGAAUGUUUCCAAAAUGAGUGGACAUCCGCCAAACCCCGAUGCCUCCCUCAACUUCCCAAUCGAGUAUGCUUUGAAAAUGACCUCAAUUGAUUGCAUUCUCGCGUUCUUGAAGUCGCUCAACUCUUGGAGUGGAAAACCUCUAAUCACCGCCACCGCUGCAGAAGGAGAUCAUGCGCCAUAUUCUCAACGGGAACGAGCCCUUACCAGUAGCUCAGUGCUAUCGCAAGCUUCAGUCCAAAAUUCUACUAAUGGAUCUGUCAGUGAUACUAUCUCCUCUGCCAACGAAGAGACCUCCGUUUCUCAGUUUGAUAGCAUCAAGCAGAGAAAGAACGUGUUUUUGGAUAGUAUACGAUUGUUCAACUACAAUCCGAAGAGGGGACUGAGAAGUCUGCUGGAAAAUGGAUUUAUUUCUUCAGACUCUCCUCGGGAUAUUGCAAAAUUUCUACUGGAAACUGACAUGCUCGACAAGGCAGCAUUGGGAGAAUUCCUGGGAGAGGGAGACGAGAAGAACGUGACAAUCAUGCAUGAAUAUGUUGACAUGAUGGAGUUUAAAGACAAAAAGUUCCUCGAGGCUCUGAGAUAUUUCUUACAGCAUUUUAGAUUGCCCGGUGAAUCGCAGAAAAUCGAUCGGUUCAUGCUGAAAUUUGCUGAGAAAUAUGUCAAUGAUAACCCAUCCACGUUCGCGAACGCUGACACAGUGUAUGUUUUGUCUUAUUCCGUCAUAAUGCUCAACACCGAUCAACAUUCGCCACAGGUGAAAAAGCGAAUGACUUUGGAAGAGUUCAUCAACAACAACAGAGGCAUCGAUGAUGGCAAAGACCUUGAUCCCUCGAUGCUCGAGCAAAUUUAUACAGACAUUCAAAAUGAUGAGAUCAUGCUGAAAAGUGAGCAGCACGCCGCGCUUAUAUCCAGUGACUUGCAUCCAAUGCAACAAUCGUUCUUUGGUGGCAGAGAUUUGGCAAAGGAGGCAUAUGCCAAAGCUUCGAAAGAGAUGUCCUCAAAGACGGAGGAGGCGGUGAAAAGUAUCAGAAACACCUACAAGAAAAAUUCCAAGGUUGUAUUCUAUACUGCUAACGUCGGCAAUAAUGCUGAUCACGUGAGGUCUAUGUUUGACAACCUUUGGAUGUCUAUCUUGGCCGGCCUAACCCCGCCAUUUAAGGAGUAUGAUGAUGACGAAAUUUCGAGAGUCCUGCUCGAAGGAAUUAAGGUGUCUAUUCACAUUUCUUGCAUGUUUGAUUUGGACUAUGCAAGAACCUCUUUCAUCAGGGCACUGGUGCAAUUCUGCAAUUUGAACAAUCCUGAAGAACUCAAGAAUAAGAAUAUUGAUGCCGUGUAUGCCUUAUUGGAAGUUGCUGUGGACGAAAACUCCAGGCUUGGUUCAUCUUGGAAGAGUAUUCUUACUUCAAUUUCCCAGAUCGAACGUUUGAAGUUGUUGUCUCAAGGCGUCGACUCAGAAAGUAUUCCGGAUUUGCUCAAUGCCAGACUAGCAAGUAGGCAUUCCACGGAGAGUUACAGAUCGCACAAUUCUAAUCAACUGUCUUUCUUCUCCUUCGGAAAAAAACAAACCAUUUCGGAACAAACAUCGCAACACCAUUUCAGCCAGAAGUUAAGCUCAGAUAUGGUUGUUCGCAUCAGUUCAACAGACUUGGAUGUUGCAAUUGAUAAGGUGUUUUCCAAGAGCUCUGAAAUUGAGGGAAAUGGUAUUUUCGAUUUCAUUGCGGCACUUAGUGAAGUUGCACAUGAAGAGAUUGAAUCUUCGGGACAAAGCCAAAACCCGCGGAUCUUCUCACUACAAAAAAUGGUUGAUGUCUGCUACUAUAAUAUGGGAAGGAUUAGAGUUCAAUGGUCUGCUCUUUGGGCGGUCAUGAACGAGAAAUUCAAUGAAUUCGGCUGUCACCAGAAUACUUCAAUCGCCUUCUUUGCACUUGAUUCUCUUCGGCAAUUGUCCGAGAGAUUCUUUGCCAUUGAGGAGCUGUCCCAUUUCAAGUUCCAAAAAGAGUUCCUCAAACCUUUCAAUUACAUUGUGCUCCAUAGUCCACAUUUGCAGGUCCGUGAAAUGGUUCUGGAUUGUGUGCAAUAUAUGGUCCAUAAAAAAGCUGACCUUAUAAAAUCUGGUUGGCAAACUUUACUAGAGAUUCUCACAAAUGCAGCUAAAGAUAAUAAUGAGAAGUUUGUCGCAAAAGGACUCUCAUACACAAGCAUGAUCAUGAAAUCACAUUUCGACCAAAUCUUAGGCCUUGAUGCUUUUUCAUCGUUGGUAAUUUGUCUAACCGAAUAUGCAAAGAACGAACAAUUCCAGAAAACUAGCUUGCAGUCUCUUAAUUCGAUGAAAAAGUUGACCAAGACGAUCCCGAAGACGUUGGAGGAGCACGGCGAUAUGUUUUCUGCCGAAGAUCUUUGGUUCCCUCUGUUGUUCGGUUUCCACGAUGUUGUGAUGAAUGGAGAGGAUCUUGAAGUCAGGUCGAAGGCCUUAAGUUUUACUUUUGAUGCCUUGACUGAAAAUGGCGGCCAGUUUGAGAUAAAGUUUUGGGAUAAGAUUUGCGAAGAGCUACUGUUUCCAAUAUUUGGUGUUCUGGGAGAUCGUUGGGAGCUUACUACACAGGAUGAUCUCUCUGUAUGGCUUUCUACGACCUUGAUUCAGGCCUUGAGAAACAUGAUUGCUCUCUUCACCUAUUAUUUCGAUACCCUUAGUGAAAAGAUGGAGGGAUAUUUGAAGCUUUUGGUUUCGUGCAUCUGUCAACAGAAUGAAACUAUCUCUAAAAUUGGUAUCUCAUGUCUGAAGGAGCUUAUUCUCGACAAUAUGACUAGAUUUGAUGAAAAACAUUGGGAGAUGCUGAAUAAUUCAUUCGCCGAACUAUUUGAUUUGACCACGGCCAAAGAGCUGUUCAGAGCCGAUCCUUUGAGACAGUCGAAUGGACAAAGACAGGAAACAGCAGAGGGAGAUGAGUCUGAUUUGCAGGGAAGUUCAGCGAGCGAGUCAGAUCUGGAGCUUCCCGUUCCUCUAAGCCAAUCGAGAGAGAAAUCGGCAAUUGUAAUCAAAUGUGUCCUUCAACUACAUGUCAUACAAAUUCUAUCGGAGCUGUUUGACAUUGAUGAAUUUUACCAAACGGUUCCCGUUGCUAACCUUUUGAAGUUGUCAGACCUAUUGGAGCAUAGCUACAAAUUUGCGAGAGAGUUCAACGAGGACUACAAUCUGAGAGUCCGUCUGUGGAAUGCAGGUGUCAUUGAUAAGCUUCCAAACCUUUUGAAGCAAGAAACGUCUUCCGCAGGUGUUUACAUUAGCAUACUGUUCCGUUUGUACUGUGAUUCUGGACGCGUCAAUAAGGAAGCUAGGGAGAAAAUUGUUGGGGUUCUGAUCCCAAUGGGUGUUACAAUCCUCGAAAGAUUUGUGAGCUUGAACGAGGCAGACCAGUCGAGAAACAUUCAAAGCUGGAGACCCGUUGUGGUGGAGGUACUACAAGCGUACAGUGAGCUGGAUCAUGAGGACUUUUUACGAUGCUGUCCGGUUGCAUAUGACCUUGUUUUGCAGCUUUUCGACAAGAAUCUGAUGGCAGACCUGAGAGCUGCUAUCAAGGACUUUUUGACAAGAGUUGGUGACGCCUACAUUUUGGAAAAGAAAGAGUAG